AUGUACUCAGUUAUUGCUCUUACGGUGAGUUUCUAUUUUUUUUUUGGAAUUCAUGAACGAAAAAAUUUUUCAGUUGGUUGCCUUGGCUUCUGCCAGCCCCGCCAUGACUUCAUACCAGUACCAGCCCAGUAAGUCUUAUCGAGAGUUUUCAUAGUGACUGCAAAUCUUCAAACCACAUCUGAUAAUUUUCCAUCGAUUUUUUUAGGAUGGCGAGUAGCAUAGGGUCUUUUAAAGAAGAAAACUUUAACACAAAAAUCUAAAAAAGUCGGAAUGGCUCAGCUCGGAAGCUUCAAGUAUCUUUUACAGCUCUCGAUAAACUUAAUAAAAGCCUUCAUAUAAAAUCCAAAAGGGGGCGGGAUGUUUCACUUUGCGGUUGAGAUUUAUCCAAAACUGGCCUUAAAAGUCAUUGAAAUCAUAUCCAGUAUUCCUUAAUAAUCCAAAAAAACAAAGUGAACUAUCCUCCAAAAUGUAACAACUUCCGUUUCGAAACGAUUUCUGACAAUUUUCAGGCUCGAAAUUCUGCUCGAGCUCCAACGAUUGCUCCUACGGACAGAUGUGCUCCAACAGCCAAUGUGUGAGCGGAUCAAACAAUUACGGCGCCCAGUACGACUACAGCAACAACUACGGAGCCUCCUGCACAUCUUACCUCAACUGCAUCUCCGGCCAGACGUGCUCCAAUGGACGCUGCAUGUCCAACAGCAACGGCAUGGUCGGAGGCUACCAGUAUAAUCCUUCUGGUUUGGAAAAACAAUAUUUUCUUUCAAAGAAAGGAUUUCAGGAUCUUACCAGACCCAAGGAAUGUACGGAAACACCUACAAUCCUAAUGGAUACGGCUCCGGCUCCGGCUCCAAUGGAUACAACAACAACAUGAUGUACUCUCAAGGAAGUGGGAUUUUUGUAUCCUUGAAUUUGAAUAAUAUCAGGUGACAAAAUUUUGGUCGCACUCAGAAUGGCUUGAAAAGUUUUUUUGGUUUUUGCUGUUUUUUGAACCUUUGACACGUUUCACGAUGAGGCGCGCUUCUGAAAAUAUAGUGGUUUUUUUCCGACAAUGAACAAAAUUCAAACAAAAAUCCUAUUUUAGUUUAAGAAAUGAAGUCAACUCAAUAAAAGUCAUCAGAAGCGAGCAAUCCUAAAGAAAUGCUUCAAUAUUCAUGACGCACCCUCAGAAUCUAAAUUUCAAGCUCAAAAUGUUUUGUUGUAUGAAAACUAUGUUUCUCAAUCGAUAUCAGAUAAUAUUAAAAAUGGAAAUUUUAGGCUACUGCACUAACAAUUAUUCGUGUUCCAAUGGACAGACCUGUGUUAACAACUACUGCCAAUCUUGUGAGUUUUUUUUUGGUUUGGAAACUCGAAAAUGAACUUUUCCAGAAAUUUAUGUAUAAACCUAAGAAAAUCGAUCAUUUCCAGCUUACGGAUCAGGAUCUGGAUACAACAGCCAGAACUAUGGAACUUAUGGAAACGGCAUGAGCACUGGACGCAAACGUCGAUCUGGUGAGCGAUCUCAUUUUAAAAGCGAAAAAUGAUAGAAAAUUUGUUUGUUUUCUCAAAAGCUUAGGUUGGUUACACCCUUUUUCUGCAAAUAGAUUGGUUUCUUAAGUUGUUUGCAUGUCGCACUUGAAGUUCUGAGAUUUGGAGACUUUUUGUUUUUUGAAGUUUUUUUCCGAACUUCUAAAGCGUGUAGGUAUAGCCUAGAGUAUAGUCAUGUCUAGAAAGAGGAUGAAAAUCUACUUUUAGCUAUUGCAACUGCAAAAACUUUAAUUUUUCCACAAAUUACUGGAGAAUCGAACUAUUUUAUUUCUUUUUCAGUCUAA